CACAUCUCUAAUUUCAGAUUUCAGACCAUUCCCAAUCGCGUGCGUGAACGCUGUGAACUGCGUGAUUCAAAACAAGCUGGAAUGCUGAAUGCUGAAGUGAUGUUCAAAAAUUGCGUCGUCUGUUUCACACAGUUCCACAUGUUCCGGAAUUCGUGUUGCGUAGCACGACCUUGCAUGUGACUCGUUGACGAAAUCGUUGCACAGUGUAAAGAUGCAGCGUAGCAUACUUCGCGCGACGAGUUUCCAACUGUUGCAGAAACGUUUUUUCAAGAAGCAUCAUGUGAGGGUUAGAUUCGCGCCCAGUCCCACUGGUCACAUGCAUCUGGGAGGAUUGCGUACUGCGAUGUACAAUUAUUUAUUCGCACGCAGCAACAAUGGCACGUUUAUUUUGAGGAUCGAAGACACUGAUCAGACAAGGACAGUCCCCGGGGCGAUAGAAAAACUCCAAGAUGAUUUGUUGUGGGCGGGGAUUAUACCAGACGAAGAUCCUAUCAGAGGUGGCCCUGUUGGUCCUUAUUUGCAAUCGUCAAGGCUUGAAUUAUAUAAAGAGCAGGUACUUAAACUCUUGAACAACGGAUCUGCAUAUUAUUGCUUUUGCACAGAGAAAAGACUGGAGUUACUGAGAAAAGAGGCAAUGAAAUGUAGACAAGUGCCUAAAUAUGAUAACAGGUGUCGGCAUUUCACCAAGGAAGAAGUGAAAGAAAUGCUCAGGAAAAACUCGACCUAUUGUAUUAGAUUUAAAUUACCAUCUAUAUCAGAAGCCUUUCACGAUAUAGUUUAUGGAGAGGUGUUGCAUGAUGUAACUAAAUCUGAAGGAGAUCCAGUCAUUAUAAAAUCAGAUGGUUAUCCUACUUACCAUUUUGCAAAUGUAGUUGAUGAUCAUUUUAUGGAGAUAUCUCAUGUCUUACGUGGUGUUGAAUGGCAAAUUUCUACACCUAAACAUAUUAUGCUUUAUAAAGCGUUUGGCUGGGAUCCUCCUGUAUAUGGGCACUUGCCUCUAAUAUUAAAUGCAGAUGGGUCAAAGUUGUCGAAAAGACAAAAUGACAUAAAGAUUGAAUCAUUUAGAAAACAAGGUAUUUUUCCAUUAGCAUUGUUGAAUUAUGUGAUAGGGGCUGGUGGUGGUUUUCAUAGAGAUCAGGAGAAUCAAGAUCUUUACAGUUAUCCAGAAUUAAUUAAACAGUUUGACAUUAAUAAAAUAAAAUCAAGUUCUGGCAAACUUAUGCACGAAAAAUUAAUGGAAUUUAACAAAUUGGAAAUGGCAAAUUUAUUGCAAAAUGAGGAGAACCAUAAAUUUUUUAUUGAAAGAAUUAAAAAACUAGUAUUAGAAACAUUUUCCGAAUGGAAAAAUGAUGGCAAUUUACAGUUGGACGAUGAUCAUAUAAUAACUACGUUAAAAUGGGCCCAAAACAGAAUAUGGACACUCAACGAUCUUGUCAAACAAGAUUUAGCGUUCUUAUGGAUUGCUCCGUCUUCUACGGCAAAUGUUAAACAAGCUGAAUGUUCGGAUGCAAUUAAAUUGUUGAACGCGGAAUUAAUCGAGAUAGAUGCUAGUAAUUACAAGACUGAUUGGAUGGCAUCAUAUCUGAAGGAUUUUGCAAAGAAGAAUGGAGUCCCGUUUACUGCUUUGAUGAAAACUCUGAGAAGCGUUAUUAGUGGUGUAAAAGUCGGUCCACCUGUUGCUGAAAUGAUGGAAAUUUUGGGAAAAGACAGAACAUUGUUGCGAUUGCAGCGUUGUGUUUCCUGAGAAUUUACAUGCAUUUAAUUGCAAAUUGCACUAUCGAAGGUAAGACACAUUUAAAGAAAUAAAUCCAGUUUACAAAUGUUUUUGCAAAAAAGUUGUAAUUCUGCAAAAACAAUUUUGCGAGCUCAUGAAUGUUAUAAAAAAAUAAUUGCAUUCCACUGCUGGAAAAGACAAUGUGUAUGCAAUUUAUAAUUCUAAUAUAAUCAGAAUUAUAAGUGAAAUAUUGCUAGUCAAAUAUUUUAUAAAUUUAAUUUCAAAGAAUUUAAUAAAAAUAUUUUGCUCUCUUAAUAUAUCCAUAAAUAUAUUAAGAUUUGUCUUUUUUAUGAGCAAUAGCAUCAAUUUUUUUUUACAUGCAUUAAAAAUUGGCAAAA